AUCCUCCUGAUUCUUUCUACAGAGUACUGAGAACAGGUGGUGAUGAAAACCCUUGUCUCUAUACCUGGGACUGGGGGAGAUCCAACUAUACCACAGGCGAGGUUGAGUCAGGAACGAUGUGUGUCUAUUGACCUUGUGAAAAAUGAGUCUUGGAAGCUUGUAUUAUGGCUGAGCCUGUUGAGGAUGAUGUGAGCCUUUUGGGAUCACAGGAAACCACAGAACACAAUCUUGAGCACACUUCAGAGUACCAGGGCCCCGCCAAGGAAUAUCGGUCAGCACUACGACCACCCCCCCUCACCCCUCAGCCCCGGCAGGAGAGGAAACACAUGACUGCAGGACGUGUGUUGGGAGGGAGUGUUUCCCCUUACUCCUCCACCAGCCCUGCCACGAGUCCCCGCACUCCAGAACCAUCCCCUAACUACAACAUUGAUGCUUCAGGCUCCACCUAUGCCCUGCAGGUUGCUCUCAGAAACAUGAAGGACCGAUACCACAAGCUGCAGAGGAAAGUGUCUCUCUUAGAAGACGAUAAUCAGAGACUCAUUACGGGCAAAUCUGAACUUUUUGGAGAGAUUGGGAAGCUGCAGGAAAACAGUAUAAAACUUAGAGAGAAGAAUUUACAGCUGAACCAAGAAAUACACUCCAAGCAUCAGGAGUGCUGCAACCUGAAGGAGAAGUUCACCACACUGUCCACUGAGAACAUGAACCUCAACAGACAGCUGGCCAGGAGCACGCAGGACAACAGGCGCCUCUCCAAGCAGGUGAACGUCUUGAAUGAAGAGAACAAAAAGCUAAAGGAGAAGCUAAGUCUCAUUGCCACACAAGUGAAGGCACUGCCAGGAGGUGCUGGUCUUGCUGCCUCUGCCUCGGAGCUCACAACGGCCUCCAGACGGAAGAUUUCCUCCGCUUCAGAUGAUCUUGAUAGCUUUGAGGACCUAACAGCCAGGUUCCAUCCAUCAUACAGAGACAACAUGUUGGAUGGUUAUGAGGAGUGUGGGACUUUUCUACUUGGUAUGUGUCAACAGGUGAGUAGCACUGAGCUUGGGAACUCGGCAUCUUUGUGGAGUAGCAAUCACACGGAGGAGGAGAAGAUGUUGCAGAAUGCCACACGUCGUAUGAAAGAACUCCUAUCCUGCUUACAAGACCAGAACCAUAGCCUGUUGCUCCUGUCCCCCAUCAUACACUCCCUGCCACAUUCCUCUAGCUCCCGAAGAGUGAGUUCUGAGCCAAGUAAAGACGGAACAAUGCUGAGCCAGAGGGACCGUGACCUCUCGACACUCACACUCACUCCCUCAACUCACAGCCAGGUGGAUGACACAGCUCUCCAGAAGGUGCAGGAUGAUGAAGGCACCUGCCAGAGCCGACUGGCCACCUAUGGAUCAGUUCUCCCUUCUAGUUUUGUAUCUGGCACAGGCUCCAAUGGCAGUACGAGGCUUGAGAGGCUUGACGGUAUAAGACACGAGAGCAGCGGAGACAACAAUGUGUUGGUGGAGGUGGGUGCCAGGACCCAUGACAGGCCACAGAGUCCCUUUGACUGGAGACAGGUUCAGAUGAGUGACGAUGAAGGGCGUGAGGCUGAAUAUUUCCGGCCAGACACUCGCACUGUCAGCACCUCACCUGAUCCAACGCUGGAGGUGGAGGACGAGCGUGUGUGUCCAAUGUGCAAUGCUGUGUUCCCGAGGGUGAUUCCCCAGGAGUCCUUUGAGUCCCAUGUUGUCAGUCACUUUGAAGUUGAGAAUGGCUUUGAGGUAAUUUCUUGAAGCCUUGAUGAUGGUGAUCAGACAUGCAUGUCACAAAGAGUGAGUGAUUGUGGUGCCUUUCUUUUAAUGUGCAUUGUGUUUCAGACUGUGAUAUUGAACAUUCCUGGAGAGACUGUCAUCUUCUCUCUUACUUACUGACAGACUAUAUUGGAAGUCCUUGGAGUUUUCAAGGUGCUUUCAUGAUUUUAGUUACAGUGUAAUGAGGAUUAUUCACUCUUUGGAACCUGACUAAUUAUCUCCAUGACAUUUAUAAAUAAUACAGAUGAAAGAACAAAACAUUUGAGUCCUGUUCUACAAAUGCUGAACUACUGAUGAGCUGCAGCUGCAACUGGGUUGAAAUAUCUAUAGAUCUUUUUAUGCAACUGGGCUGAAAUAUCUAAAUCUUUUUUAUAUUCUUGGGGAGGGAUGAGAAGAAUGAGUGGAGUCCUGAAAGCUCAUCACUGAACAAAAGUAACUAAGGCAUACAGGAAGGAGCAAGAUCUUCACCUAACAUUCCAUAACUCUUGUAAGGUGGUGGUCCUUGUCUCAUCUUGUUUCACUGGUGUUCUGGGUUACUGGAAACGUCAGGCAGGUUUUGUAUGAAAACUGGUAGCUGAUUCAGUGAUUCAGUUUAUAGAACCUAAUUCCACUUCCAGUUGUCCAGCAUACAUACCAUUGUGCACUGUGCAAGUGUGUUAUGAGAGAUAAUCCUUGCAUGUGGAGUUCUCAAGUUACAAAUUACUUAAGAAUUGUACAUAUACUGAAUUUUGUAAGAUACUGUUGUUCAUUCAUAAAGGUUUUUAAGAUGAGGAUCUUGGUAUGAUUGAAAUAGUAUAUCUAUAAUGUAAAUAUUUAUAAAACUGUUGAUUGCUAUAUGAUAUUAGAAACAUGUUUUUAAUGAAUAUUUUCUCUCUGUCCAUGGCAUUAAUAAUGCAUAGAUAGAUUUGCCAAAGCUCUUUGUUUCUCUUUUUUGUCUUGUUUUUUAUCUAUGAGGUGUUAUUAUGGCAAAGUAAUUGCUUUAGUUAUUUUUUUUAAUAUAUCUGCUGCAUUUAUAAUGUGCUCUAUUAUGAUAGUUCUAUUGUUAUACAUAGUAUGACAGGAAGGCCUUUAAAAUUUAUGUAUAUAUAAAAAAGUUCAGUUUUUAUAUCCUAGUACAAGUUGUUGUAU